UCUGGGUGCAGAGCUCCGCCUCCGCCGCUAGGGGCGGGGCCACGUCGGACUCGGGAGUGCCCGCUUACGCAUUUCCUCUCCGGGUCUGAGGCUGAGUUGCCGUGUGGCGGGUUCGAGUCCCGCCUCCUGACUCUGGCCUCUAGCCCUUGAAUCCUGGGCGGGGUGCAUUCGCCUGGUAAAACCUCUGCUCAAUAAGGGACGACGGCAUACCUUGAGCUUCACCAUGGAGGACUACCUGCAGGGUUGUCGAGCUGCUCUGCAGGAGUCCCGACCUCUACAUGUUGUACUAGGAAAUGAAGCCUGUGACUUGGACUCCAUGGUGUCUGCUCUCGCCCUGGCUUUUUACCUAGCAAAGACGACUGAGGCAGAGGAAGUCUUUGUGCCAGUUUUAAAUAUAAAACGUUCUGAGCUACCUCUACGAGGUGACAACAUCUUCUUCCUUCAGAAGGUUAAUAUUCCAGAGACCAUCUUGAUUUUUCGGGAUGAGAUUGACCUCCAUGCGUUGCACCAGGCUGGCCAACUCACCCUCAUCCUUGUUGACCAUCAUGUCUUACCCAAAAGUGAUGCAGCCCUAGAGGAGGCAGUAGCAGAGGUGCUAGACCAUCGACCCAUUGAGCAGAAACACUGCCCUCCCUGUCAUGUUUCAGUUGAACUAGUGGGGUCCUGCGCUACCCUGGUGACUGAGAGAAUCCUCCAGGGGGCACCAGAGAUCUUGGACAGGCAAACUGCAGCCCUUCUGCACGGAACCAUUAUCUUGGACUGUGUCAACAUGGACCUUAAAAUUGGAAAGGCAACUCUAAAGGACAGCAAAUAUGUGGAGAAACUAGAGGCCCUCUUCCCAGAUCUGCCCAAGAGAAAUGACAUCUUUGAUUCCCUACAAAAGGCAAAGUUUGAUGUAUCAGGACUGACCACCGAACAGAUGCUGAGAAAGGACCAGAAGACCAUCUAUAGACAAGGCAUCAAGGUGGCCAUUAGUGCAAUAUAUAUGGAUUUGGAGGCCUUUCUGCAGAGGUCUGACCUCCUUGCAGAUCUCCAUGCUUUCUGCCAGGCUCACAGCUAUGAUGUCCUUGUCACCAUGACUAUCUUUUUCAACACUCAAAAUGAGCCAGUGCGGCAGUUGGCUAUUUUCUGUCCCCAUGUGGCACUCCGAAUGACGAUCUGUGGAGUCCUGGAAAGCUCCCACUCUCCAUCCCUGAAGCUGACUCCUGCCCCAAGCACCCACCCUAACCUCCAAGCCUAUCUUCAAGGCAAUACCCAGGUCUCUCGAAAAAAACUUCUGCCUCUGCUCCAGGAAGCCCUGUCAGUGUAUUUUGACUCCAUGAAGAUCCCUUCAGGGCAGCCUGAGACAGUGGUUGUGUCCAGGGAGCAGGUGGACAAGGAAUUGGACAGGGCAAGUAACUCCCUGAUUCCUGGAUUGAGUCAAGAUGAGGAGGACCCUCCACUGCCCCCCACACCCAUGAACAGCUUGGUGGAUGAGUGCCCUCUGGAUCAGGGGCUGCCUAAACUCUCUGCCGAGGCCGUCUUUGAGAAGUGCAGUCAGAUCUCGCUGUCACAGUCUGCCACUGCCUCCUUGUCAAAGAAGUGACUGUUGGGAGGGCAGGGGAUGGAUGGUGGGUUAGGUUACGUGACCCACCUCAAAUGCAUGUUUUGAGAUGUGUGGAGAUUCAGCAAUUGUCUUCAUUGCUCCAGAAUCUGGUAUACUGUUUCCAUAAAACUGGGAAGAGAAAGAUGUGAAAGAAAACAGCUGCUUUAAGAAUGGCUUUCUACCUUUUUCCCCAAUCUCAACCAAUCAGACAAAUUUUAUUAUUUAAAUCUGCACUGACUUCCCUGUAUUUCAUUUGCCAGGGGCACAAUGUGGUAUAGCCACCGUCCCAGCAGAGUGGGGCAAAAAGAAUGUAGACCCCAGAAGUGCCCUCAGUAAAGAUCUUGAACAGAACCAGUAUCUGUCAUGAAACCAAACAUUUAUCAAUUGUCCCCAUGUAUUCAUUUAUUCAAGUAUUUAUUGAAUACCUGCUUCAAGCAAGACAGAAAAGAGAGUGGGUUUGGAAAUUCUUAUUCCAGUUUCCAGCCUUUAGCAGAUUUCCAGCUCCAUGACUCUUCUUUCUGCCCCAGGUUAGGUGAUGGUGUCUGAUUCAGAGAUGACUGAAUUUCUACUCUGAGCUUAUUGUGACUGUUUCAGGUCCUCUUUGGGAGCAGAUUGGAGGCCACUGUCUUCUGUCCUGAUCAAGUGGCCUGGCUCUCUGUUCCUUUGGGUUCCUCUGUCCCAGAGCCAACAGGAACCUUAAAGAGACCCUGAAGACCCCUGAUUCUUAAGAAUUCAGGUGGCACCCAGGAAGACCUUAACCUCAUCGGUGUUCUUCCCCAGAGACAGCAGAACUGCAAUGAGAGCCCCGGGUCUGUCCCCUCCCUUAGCAGGUCUAUCAAUUUCUUGUCCAUCUCUUUCUGUUCUUGCUCAUAUUAAAAGGAAGCGUGGAGUUCAAUCCUGCCGCAAACUCUGUGUCUUUUGGCAAGGCACUUCACUAUUCUAGGUCUCAUUCUACCCAUCUGUAAAACAGGGUUUAUAUUAGAUGUACCCUGGUAUUCUGUGAUCUGCCUCUUGCUGCCAUUCUUUCUCUCCUCUGCUUCUCUAUUUUUCUUCUGUUUUCCCUGGGAAUGUUCGGGGUCGCUGGAUUGUCUAUAUUUCUGUAUGAUUGUACCAAGGGACUCAACCUCAUGUAGCAUGUAUAGGGGUAUGAUUUAUACCGUAGUGGCCCAGCAGAGAGCUCCCUCCCACUGACUUGUUCUGCAUGUUUAGAGUCUCCCUUUUUUCUUCAGACAAACCCAUUCCCCCCUUUCCUACCCCACAGCUCUAUUCCAUGUAAGUUGCCAACAAUUUCACUGAACAGUGGGGUGUGUGAUGGUUUUGGCAUGACAUCUUCCAGUAUAAGGGGGACAGUCUGACUUCACUUAGAGGAUAUGUCUGUAGCCAUUUGGAAGGUAAAAAAUAGUGGUGCGAUCACUGAACCAACCAAAGGAAUUUAUGUUUUGUAACUUGGGUACUUUAUUUUGCAUUUUAUUAAAGUAUUAAAUACUUUUUUCCUGUU